AUGUUCAAGUCAGCGAGAUGGAAAAGCGAAAAGAACAAGAUAAAAUGUGUAUUCAAGUUGCAGUUUCAUGCAACACAGUUGACACAAUCAGAAGGAGAUUCGUUGCUGAUAUCUGUGGUUCCUGCUGAUGUUGGAAAAGCAACCUCAAGAUUAGAGAAAUCAAAAGUUCAAGAUGGAAAUUGUUAUUGGGAAAAACCACUUUAUGAAACGGUUAAAUUCUCUCAUGAUACAAAAACCGGAAAGAUUCAUGAGAAAAUCUAUUACUUUAUUGUGGCAAAGGAUUCUUCAAGAUUUGGUGGUGUUGGAGAGGUUUCGAUUGAUUUUGCAAGUUAUGUUGAAGCCACGAAGCUUUUUUCUUUAUCUCUUCCUUUAAAAAGUGCAAAUUUUGCAGCUAUUUUGCAUGUAUCAGUUCAAAGGGUGCAGGGAUCUUUCGAUAGGGAAAUUGAUAGAAGUGAGAGUGCAAACAACCAUGAUCGAAGCUUUAUGAGACACUUUAGCAACGGUAGUUUUGAAGGAAGCAUUAGAAGUAAUCCUACUGAAGAUCAAAUGGCAUCCAAUGAAUCAGAUAUCAAUUUUUCAAGAUCCAGUAGCAAUUCCACACUCAAUACCCCACAAAAACAGGAACCUAAAAAGAUAAAACAGACUCGUGAAUCAUCAAUAAAAGAAGAUAAAUCAUUGCAAUGGGAUUGGUUAAAUGGUUCAAAUCCCAAAUUAAGUACAGAUGAUUCUUCAACAAGUACAUUAGGAGAAACUUCAGAAGAAAGUUCUUCAGAUGUCAUCAUUCAAAAGCUCAAGGCUGAAGUUGUAGCUUUGACAAGACAAAAUGAUGUUUCUGAGCUAGAAUUACAGACACUUCGUAAACAGAUCAUGAAGGAAAUCAAAAAGGGCAAUGAACUUUCACGGGAAGUAGCUCAACUUAAAGAAGAAAGAAAUGUCUAUCAAAAUCGCACAGAAGAAGUCAAAGUCAAAGUCAAAGAUGAUCCAUGGGCCCUUCUUGAUGAGCUACAGAAAGAAUUAAACCAUGAGAAAGAACUAACCUCCAAUCUUCGAUUACAACUUGAGAAAACACAAGAAUCGAGCACUGACAUGGUUCUUCCUUUAGAAAAGUCAAAGUCAAAGUCAAAAUCUGAGACAGAUGAUGAAGACGAUGAUGAGGCGCAAAGGGUGUUGGAAGAGAUUGUUAAAAACCAUAGUGGUAUUAAAGAAACGUAUUUACUAGAACAAAAGAUUAUAGAUCUUUAUGGUGAAAUUGAGUUGUAUAAAAGAGAUAAAGAUGAACUUGAAAUGCAAAUGGAGCAAAUAGCACUAGAUUAUGAAAUCUUGAAGCAAGAAAACCAUGACAUAUCUUAUAAACUCGAAAGAAGUCAACUUGAAGAACAACUCAAGAUUCAAUACGAGUGUACGCCUUACUCAAGUGUAAACGAACUCGAAUCAAAAAUCGAAAGCUUGGAAAACGAACUCAAAUCAAAAUCAAAAGAGUUAUCAAACUCAAAUCUUGUGAUUAAAGAUCUUGAAACCCAUGUCAAGAAUCUUGAGGAAGAGUUGGUGAAUCAAGAAAAAAGGUUUGAGGGCAAUCUUGAAGAAUUUACACGUGGGAAAAUUGAAAAUGAGAAAAGGGCGAUUCGGGCAGAAGAAAAUUUGAGAAAAAUGAGGUUGCAAAACGUUAAUUUGGCUUCAAGACUUCAAGAGGAACUUAGAAGGCUGUCACAAAAAAUGGGUUCUGCAUUUGAAGCAAAUGAGAAAGCAGCCAUGAAAGCUAUGGAGGAAGCUGAUAAAUUACAUGUAGAGAAACGAGUUCUUGAAGAUAUGUUUGUGAAAGUGAAAAUAGAUUUAUGGAAUUUUUGUGAUUGUUUUGAAGAAAAAGUUAUUGGUUUUUUGGAUGACAUGAGUCUAAAGUUGAAACAGUUGGAAAAGCUGAAGGACCAGAUUGAAAAUAUGAAUGGGAUUUUGAGGGUAAAUGGAAAGAUGCAGAAUCUUGAAGGUGAAAGAUUGAAUGGGAACUUGUUUCUACUUAAGAAGAAAGAUCUUCAACUUGAAAUUAAAGAGUUUGAAAAAAAAUUGGAUAGUCUUGUGCAUAAAACUGAGAAAUCACAGUGACAUUACCAUUUAAACAUCAAGAAAGUUUUUGACAAAUUAUUGAAGUAAAUGGUGUCUUUAAAGAGUUUAAAGUACAGAAACAGGUUGCAGUUGGAAGAAGAUCAUCGCAUGUAAAUAUUUUUAAGGUUUUAGGUGUAUGUACAUAAUAGUUUUACUAUGAUAAUAUUAUGUGAAUGAUCUCUUUGUAUGAUUUUUUUAGUUUUUCAUCGAGUUUUUUAUAUAUAAAGUUUUGUAAAUAUUCUGUUUUUUUUGGAAUGAUACUAGUUUUUAUGUUUCAUGUUAUCUCUUG